AUGCACGCGUGAUGCACUCGACGAUCAACGAAGAAUCUUAUCUACGCCUUCGGCUCGGUCAAAACGUGCAUAUAUUUCCAUGUUCAUUAUCUUUAUUUUCACAUUUCACCAGUCUCUCUCGUAAAAACCGUUCAAGUCAAUGAAUUAUUUUCUGCUCCAGUUUAACUUCGAUCCUUCGUAUAUUACAAGACGCGAUCGGGUCAUGUGCAAUCCCGUGAAUUAACGUGACAGAAAGGUUAGCUCGUUAGGCACAUGACGGACAGCAGAUGUUACUAAUUAAUUGGGAUUUUUAUGUGGAAUAAUUAUUAUUGUAUCAUAUCAUAGUCAAAUAAUGUGAUUCUCAUGACUCCUUUGAGAAAAUAUCCACAUCUAUCGUGGAUGUUCAAAGCGUUAUGUGCGUAUAGGAAUGAUAGAUAAGAAUAAACCUAGCCGAAUGACUGAUUAGAUUUAUUGAUCACAAGAGUUGCAUUUCCAUGUAUCAUCAUGGCAAUUGGAAAUAUUAUUUGCGGUGCAAAUACUCCUAAAGUCAAGAGAAAAAAGUCAAAGGCAACCGAACGCAGUUGGAUAGAAGCAGCUUUUCAAAAAAGAGAAUGUUCCAAGUUUAUUCCAAGUGCUAAGGAUGAACAUAGGUUCACAGAAGUACAGGGAGAUAAGAAUGCAGAAUACGAUGUGAUCACUUCUUCCAGAUGUUGCUGUGGUUAUUCUUAUACUUAUCAUUGUGGGACUGGUGCAGAUGUUCAAAGUUAUGCCAACAGUGGUUCUAUAGAAAAAGAACGUGAACAAUGGUCUCCAGGAAAAAAUACACAUCCUUAUCCUACAGAUGCAUAUGGUACUAUCGAAUUUCAAGGUGGACCACAUCCAACUAAAGCACAAUAUGUAAGAUUAGCUCAUGACACUCGCCCAGAACCUAUAGUACAAUUAUUGUGUCGAGAAUGGAAUUUAGGAUUACCUAAAUUAUUGAUUACCGUUCAUGGUGGCCGACCAAAUUUUGAAUUACAGCCAAGUUUGAAAAAAGUUUUACGUAAAGGUUUGUUGAAAGCUGCUAAAACAACUGGAGCCUGGAUUUUCACAGGAGGAACAAAUACAGGAGUUACGCGUCAAGUUGGCGAUGCUUUGCUGCUAGAACGAUCGCAACGACAGGGUCGAGUAGUAAGCAUAGGUAUAGCUCCAUGGGGGGUCUUAGAUAAAAAUCACGAAUUAAUAGGACGUGGUGAAGAAGUACCAUACGACUGCCUUUCUUCUCCUUGGACAAAAUACACAGUUCUGAAUAACCGACAUGCUUACUUUUUAUUAGUAGAUAAUGGUACUGAAGGUCGAUAUGGAGCAGAAAUUGUAUUGCGUAGAAAAUUAGAAAAAUAUAUAUCUAAUUUAAAACUACAGCCGUAUACACACAGUAGCAUACCUGUAGUAGCAUUAGUAAUUGAAGGAGGAACGAACACAAUACGUUCGGUAUUAGAAUAUGUUACAGAUGUUCCUCCAGUUCCUGUUGUUGUUUGUGAUGGAUCGGGACGUGCAGCUGAUCUCAUCGCUUUUAUGCACAAAUAUGCUAGUGAAGGAGAUGGUGAAACCGGAGAUGGUGAAGGACCGUUGGAAAGUAUGAGAGAACAUCUUCUGGAUACUAUUAAACGCACUUUUAAAGUUUCUGUUGAACAAACAAAUCAAUUAUAUUCUGAAUUGCUCCAAUGUACUCGUAAGAAACAUCUGAUAACCGUAUUCAGGAUAACGCAAGAUCGACCACAAGAAUUGGAUCAAACAAUAUUAACAGCUUUAUUUAAAUCCAAACAGUUGUCUCCAGCCGAACAAUUAUCAUUAUCUUUAAUAUGGAACAGAGUGGACAUAGCUCGUAGUGAAAUUUUUGUAUACGGUCAGAAAUGGCCCCCUGGUGCUUUGGAGCAAGCUAUGAUGCAAGCUUUACAACACGAUAGGAUCGAUUUCGUGAAAUUACUUUUGGAAAAUGGUGUGUCCAUGAGAAAAUUUUUAUCUAUACCUCGUUUGGAAGAACUUUAUAACACAAAAGAAGGCCCAUCGAACACAUUAGGCUAUAUUCUGCGAGAUGUACGGCCUAAUAUUCCACGUGGGUACAUGUAUACCUUACAUGAUAUUGGAUUAGUAAUCAACAAACUCAUGGGUGGAGCUUAUCGUGCACAAUAUACACGUAGAAGGUUUCGUGUGAUUUAUACCAAAGUAAUGAAAAGAUCUGGUGGACAGCAACAACAUAUGCAUCGGAAUAGUUGUGUUUUAAGUUCUGGUACUCGUUAUUAUUCAGGAUCUGGUAAUAAAUCAGACAGUUUGACAAUGAGUUUGCUCGCCGAAACUGUGCCUGCUAAUAGAGAUACACCACUUUUUGAUUAUCCAUUCAAUGAAUUGCUUAUUUGGGCGGUAUUAACAAAAAGACAACAAAUGGCUUUGUUAAUGUGGCAACAUGGAGAAGAAGCUUUGGCUAAAGCUCUCGUUGCCUUGAAAUUGUAUAAAGCAAUGGCUCAUGAAGCUGCAGAAGAUGACCUUGAAACCGAAGUUUACGACGAAUUACGUGGUUAUGGAAAGGAAUUUGAAAAUAUUGCUCUGGAAUUAUUGGAUUACUGUUAUCGUCAAGACGACGAUCAAACACAACAAUUAUUGACAUCCGAACUUCAAAAUUGGUCUGGUCAAACUUGUUUAUCCCUUGCAGUUACCGCUAAUCAUCGUCCACUUUUAGCGCAUCCCUGUAGUCAAAUCAUUUUAGCAGAUUUAUGGAUGGGUGGUCUUCGUACUCGUAAAAAUACUAAUUUAAAGGUUGUUCUUGGUCUGUUAUGUCCUGUUUAUAUAUCACGAUUGGAAUUUAAAAGUAGAGAGGAAUUACAAUUAAUGCCACAAACGCAAGAAGAACAUUUGAUUGCUCUUGAAGAUGAAAAGGAAGAUAGUGAAUCAGAACAUGGUACAUCGAAUGGCCCGGAUGUUGAGAAACGUCUGCGCAGGAGCCUCAGCAUACGCAACAAAUGCAGCAGCCAUCAAGGCAUUAAGGCUUUAAUUAGCAGUGAACAUUCUACAACUGUUGUAAAAGAAACAAUUGUGCAAGAAAAUGGCAAAGUAUUGGCAGAUAACGAAGAAGGAACUCAUCGAGCGUAUGGUAUUCGUUCGGACUAUUAUGACAACAAAAACAGUAGACCAUUACGAUUAAAGAAAAAAUUGUAUGAAUUUUAUACAGCACCAAUUACAAAAUUUUGGGCCAAUGCUAUAGCAUAUAUUGUCUUUUUACUUUUAUUUUCGUAUUGUAUACUUAUACAAAUGGGUGAACAUCCGUCGCUAGCAGAAAUUUAUGCGAUUUCUUAUAUCUGUACAUUGGGAUGCGAAAAAGUACGAGAAAUAGCAACAUCUGAACCAGCAAAGCUCUCUCAUAAAUUCAGCGUUUGGGCCUGGAACAUGUGGAAUCCUUGUGACGCAGCCGCAAUAAUAUUUUUUCAAAUCGGACUUGCUUUGAGAUUACGUCAUUCAACCUUUGAUGUAGGUCGAGUUAUAUAUUGUGUUGAUUGUAUUUAUUGGUAUUUAAGAAUACUUAAUAUUCUCGGAGUCAACAAAUACUUAGGUCCAUUGGUCACAAUGAUGGGUAAAAUGGUUAAAAACAUGAUAUAUUUCGUAGUCCUUUUACUAGUUGUUCUCAUGAGUUUUGGAGUAUCAAGACAAGCUAUAUUAAAUCCUAAUGCAGAACCAAAAUGGCGAAUAGUCCGUGAUAUUUUUAUGGAACCUUAUUUCAUGCUUUACGGAGAAGUGUAUGCGGAUAAUAUAGAUCCUGAUUGUGGAAAUGAACCAGGCAUGCCGGAAUGUCUUCCAGGUCGUUGGAUCACGCCAGCAGUUAUGUCCGUAUAUCUUUUAGUUGCAAACAUAUUAUUAAUAAAUUUGUUGAUCGCGGUUUUCAAUAAUAUAUUCAACGAGGUUAACGCCGUUGCACAUCAAGUAUGGAUGUUCCAACGUUUUACCGUUGUGAUGGAAUAUGAGCAAAAACCAGUUUUACCUCCACCUCUUAUCGCGGUCUGCCAUAUAUAUUUAUUAGUAAAAUAUUUACUGAGACACCUGACGCGUGGUAAAAGAAGUACAGGUGAAACAUGCGAUAAUGGUCUUAAAUUAUUUCUCGAGGCUGACGAUAUGGAACGUUUAUAUGAUUUUGAAGAAGAUUGCGUUGAGGGAUACUUUCGCGAGCAAGAACUGAAAUUACAAAUGUCUACGGAAGAACGCGUUAAAAUUACAACGGAAAGAGUUGAAAAUAUGCAUCAGAAAAUAGAGGAUAUCGAUAAAAAGGAACAUACGCAGAACGCUUCGCUUCAGGCCGUAGAAUUCCGUAUUCGCAAAUUGGAAGAAUUAAGCGAACAAACAUUGGCGCAUCUUGGUGUAAUACAUCGUUUCAUGGCAACGCACAUGCCCAACGAAGGACUUCCUAUGACUUUUGAUAUAGACAUUCGUCAACGCAGAGUCUCUGAAAGAUCGGAUGCUUUUUCAGAGACUGAUUCUCAUACUCAAUUACCUAGUCUCAUAUUACGACGUAAGCGACUUUUGCGUUCUCAAACCGAUGCCACAUUUUUAAACAUGGAGCAACCAUUGGAGGACGACGCUUUGAAGAAUUCAGAAACUAUAACGUCUCGUGAGAAUCUAAGUAGAAACGAUUCCUCUGUAAGCAUCAUUGAUCCUCAGAAUGUUCAAGAAGACGUUAAGACUACUACGAGUCAAGAAAGCGAAGUGAGCAAAGAUGUGGGAGAAGUGGAAUCAACGAUAAAAAAAGAAGUAUCGUUAGAGAGAGAAGUUAGCAGCGAAGCUCCUGCUUCGGAACCAUUGAGACAAGACUCGACGGAACGUCCGAUUAGACAAACUAGUAGAACUCGUUCGGAGUCUGACGACGUAGUAAUGAUUCCACCGCCAAAUAUACAAAGAGGUGUUACAUGGGCGGAACCACGUGUCGCUGUGAUUCCAUCUUCCGUUACUUCAGCUGGUAGUACCCAAAGAUCCAUACUUUUGGCGAUGCGUGCCGAAUAUACUAGUAUAACUGACGAAUUAGAAAGUUAUUGCGGUCUUCUUAGUCCACCAAGAACGCCACCAGUUUCACCUCCCUUAUCCAGGAAUAGAAAUGUAUCGGAAAUUAAUAAUCCUGAGAUGGCUUGGCAAAUAGAGAACGAACAUUUAAGGGAUGCCGAAGAGUGCGAUUAUCAACAAAUGGAAGAUUUAAUUCAACGACGUUACAAAGAGGACGACGAUGAAUCCAGUAAUCCACCCGAGGAUGGUGCUACUGCUAACUUCUUUGCCAUAUCCAACGAACAUCGUCAAUUACGAAGAUCUUCUGCGAUCGACGAAGACUCUCGUAGACCACCACCUACGAUCAGUGUUACCAGAGAGAUCGAGCAAACACUUUCACGGCCACCUGCGAUAAGAGACGCCGAAUCUCCCGAUCCAAGCGAUAAAAAUAUGAGUACUGUACCAGCGCCAGCUUCUGAAACUAUGUGUUGAGGUAAUCCAAAAUAUCGCUCACCACACACUACGUAUACUUUUACUAUGUGUGUGUGUGUGAUCCGAUACAAUGAGGCUAUAGUUUAAGUAUCUGUUAGUUAGACAUUUUUCUUUUUAAUUAAAUAAUCGAUCGAAUUUGUACAGUGAAUUUGUAGAGUUCUCAUUGUCUCGAGAGAAUUCAUUAUAUCGAACGUUGA